GUCAACGCUGCUGUAGUUUCCAUCAUCAUAUUCUUCAUCACCAUCAUACCCCUGUAUGAAAUCAGCUUCUACCAUUACAGGAACAGGAAAUGCAUAUUCAGUCUUGUAAAACAUAAAAAAUACGUGCUGCCUGGUCCGUACAGAAUUUAAGCAACAUCUCAGCUUUAAUUAACUAAUGAGAUAAACUUCCUGCACUCACUGAAGGAUUUUAAUACAAAUAUUUUGACAGAAAACAAUCCGAUCACUCUAUGAACCAUUUAAUUCAGAUCUUCUUCAGUCUGUUGUUAUGGCUACAAUAAAGGAGGCCUUUAUCUUGGUUUCCAUUUUCGGUCUGAUUUAUUGCACUGCAACAGAAAAUGUCUGUGAGGUGUCCUGCACCACAGAUUAUAGCUCUCAUUUUAACUGUUCUAAAACAGGAUUGACAACACCAGUUUCCUGCCUUGUUGAGGUUAAGUGCAGGAACGGAGAAGAUCAUAGCAAUGGUAGUUGUGAAAUCAGAAACCCAAGGCACUGGUGCACUAUGAAACCGCAUGACUUUGCUAUGAUUGAUUUAAUUGAUACAAACUGCAGCACCAGAGUGAAACAAAUGUAUCAAAAAGAAAUAAAAGAAAGCCAUUGGCCCUUGAAGAGCUUCAUCAAACCUGAACCUCCCUGCAAUAUAAGUCUGGAAGAAAGUGAAUCUGAUUUCAAUCUAACAUGGGAAAUGGCUUACACAGAUGAGAAUUUUCUGUGGAAUUUAUUUAUUUAUCGGGUGAGGCUACGACCACUUAGUAUGAAGGAACCUUCAUUUUAUGAGGUGACAGAGGACCGUAGAUCUCAAAUUAUCCAAAAAAAGUAUUUGGUUAAGUGUAAAAGAUAUGUAAUAGAUGUCCAAGCCACAGUAAAUCCUGACGCAUUUCAGGCUAUAUGGAGUGAGUGGAGUCACACCACUGAACUGAUGACAGAGGGAUGUUUUUUGGAUAAGACCCAAAAAUGGUACUGCCUUUUACUACUGAUGAUGAUCCCUGCUAUGUUCAUGAUUUGUGCAAAGAUGUGGACAAAUAAACUACAUAGCAUCCCAAAUCCUCGGAAUUUCUUUAGUCCCCUUUAUCAUUCAUGUGAGGGGGACUUUAAGAGAUGGGUUGGGCCAGUCCUGAUCUUCAGCAACUUUGACCUCCAGGAGAGGACCUCCCUAAAAGUGAUGUUUGAGAAGAAUUUGGUACCUUCCAACCUGCAUGAGAAGAAGACAGAGGACCUUUGCAACAGUGUGAAUAUUCAAGGCUCCAGCAACUUGCUCUUUUUGCAGGAUCAUAACUUCACUAAUUCCCUUGGUGUAUUAGGAAACUCCAUCACUGGCAACAGCUCUGCACGACAUAUCUCCAUUGAUACAGUUACUAUAUCUGAGGAAGAGGUUGCUAAAAAAAUGCUACCAGAGCAAAGUGAAACAAAAGUCAUCAUGAAAGGGGGAGAUAGCAAUGAGCACUGGUUAAACCAUGUGGAAAACGUUGAUCUUGAACAUAUCUCACUGGAUUCAUUUAGCUCCCUUGAGUCUUAUGAGGAUGGAUACCCACCUAUGAGACUUGAUCUUGACACAGUUGAUAGUGGCUUCCUUGAGUCCAACUGCAGUAGCCCUAUCUUUGACCAGGGUGAACAGACAGAGACUGACCCACUGAAUACAAGAGAGGUCUCCCAUUCAAGCUAUGUAAAACAGUGGAUUGUGCACACUGUGGAUAGUAGCCUGUGAGUCUCUUUAAAAGGGUGUGGCAGUGAGCACUGAUACACAAAGUCGAACAUAGAACAUAUUUAGUCUAUCACUUGUGAAAAUUAAAGGUAUACUAUGCAACGUUUUUCAGUUAAUCAAAUCGUUCCAUACUGUUAUAUAUGAUUAAAUGAGUCAUUACCGGUCGAACAGUGUUUUAUUCGGCCGCCCUAGUGGGCUGUAGCGAUAGAACCACGCUUGCAACUUCAGGAGACCUCGGGCACGCACCCGCUCUACUCCAGGAAGUGUCAUGUAAAGUCUCAUGAAAAGGCACGGCAGACUGACCGAUUGAAGAGUUUUGUAAAAUACACGCUAAAGCUGUAGGGGAAGCUCUGCCGACAAAUAUGCAAGCAUAAAACGAGCGAAAACGAAAAGUGAAAGCGAAACCGGCGAUGAAAUCGCCAAUCCUGCAUAGUAUACCUUUUAAGUGGUCUUUGUGUAAUGUCAUGUAGGCCUACUGUAUAUUAAAUAGCCUUAGUGUCUCAAUUUGCCUAGUGUGUAAUGUAAAGGUUUCUUGUAGCAUACUUCAAGCAUAUUAUGUUUAUGAUAUCAGUGGCGGACGAUGGCUAGCAUUUUCAGUUGAAAAUAAACAUUAUUACAGCUUUAUUGAAAUGCAUACCUGUUCACAGACAUCAUCUUUUCACCAAAGCCAUAGCCUAAGCUAUUACUUGACCACAGUUUACUAGAUUGUCAAUGAAAUGUUAUAACCAGUGGUGGUGCAGUUGGGAGGAGGUAAUGAGGCGAGGUGGAAUAAGAUAUGCCACGUCUGUUACUUCAUGAGCCUGAGCUCUAGACCAACUGAUCUUUCGAACUCAUGCUGCUUUGAACACGUCCAGAUCAUCUGAACAUGUUAUAAAUUAAAUGUUAGAGUUACAAUAAUAUGAAAUAACUGAGAACAAUCAUCCAUGAAAAAGAUAUGCAAGUCCUUCCAAACUAGGGCUAAGCAAUUCAUCUAAUUUAUAAAUUAAUCUUGAUUAUGACCUCCAACAAUUAUGAAAAUAAC